AUGGACGACGAAACGUUCAUUGCAAGCCGCUUGAGCGAAGCCGGCAUCGCAGCUGAUCAGGAAGCCAUCCAACUUGUGAAGCAGUGUGCCAUCUAUGGCAAAACAGGAUGCAAAGACCGUGAGAUCAUGUCACUAAGCGCGGCACUAUCGACUCUGGCUAGCAAAACCUCAUCGAGCGUGUUCAAACAUCUGGAAAAGAAGUAUGCAGAAACUACUUCUUCAGCAAUCCAGUCAACCACUGCUGUCGCCGGUAAGGUUGGCCAAGUGUUGGGAGCCGCGGGAGCAGUCUUGAGCAUUGCCACUUUUGUCUUCAACCUAGUCGCGGAUAUUCAGGAUCGCGAAGAGACGAAUGAGAUUGCUCAGCGACAUUUGUCAGGCUUUGAUGCUGCUACUGGACUCCAGCCAGAAUCCAUCCGCAUCGUAGCGGCUGUCAAACAAAUUGUUGAGAGAGGCUUCGACCAGCAUGAACUACGUUCGAUCAAUGCCGAGAGCAGUGUCACCGUUGACUUUCUGGUCAACACCAUCAUCCCUCUUGCGCAUGAUCUCGAGAGGUUGGACGAUCAAACGGUCGCACGCUAUCAUGUGAGACUUGUUGAGCGCAUCAAUGUCAACCGCAAAGAUAUACACAUCCACUUCCAGAGGUUCAGCUCGGGAGUAGAAGGCAUAGCUACUCGUGCGGACUACCAGAUUGAUACGAACCAUUUGGUUUGUUACGCAAAGGCAUGCACGCUAGAUGCAUUCCUGACGUUCUACGAAUUGCUGUUGUCGAACCGCAUGCAUGAUGGCCUCGUAGAACACAACUGUUCCUUGUUCACUCAGCGCAAUCACGAUGCGGUGGCAGUCCUUCAAAAAUACCUCGAGAUGUAUACAACGGGACGGACGCAGAUGAUCAAGACGUAUUACUAUUACGAUGGCCAUAAUGCUCUACAUCGUGACUGCGUCUAUGAUGACGCAUCUCCACUCGACAACAUCAUCAGCCCGAUUCCACUCGAAGAAGUCGCAAGAUCGGGGGUGGAUUGGAAUGGAUGUGGUAUGGAGAUGGUAAACGGCCACUGCAAGUUCUGGUCCGCAAUAUGGGUGAAUCGAACGCACCCGGCUGCACAGAGAACCAAACACGCAGCAAUCCGAUAUAUACAGGGUCGCACAGUCAUUGACACGGGCGAGGAUUGGCAAAGACUCGUGGGUCGGCCACAAGAUACCAUGACCAGAUUAGAGGGCAAGAUCAAGGCGAUCACGUUUUGGACUCAAAGAGCAAUGAUCAAAGCAAACAUCAAACAUAUGCAGGAGAGUGUUUUGCAAAAGAUUGCUGAGCAGGCUAAGAUCGGAGAGCACAAAGCUGGAUCGGGAUGGUGGCCUUGGUAA